AUGAAUUAUUGGAGCGCCAGCUGCAGGAGCUGGAGAAGGCCCUGGCUGCUGUGCAGCACCAGCUGCAGGAGCGUGAGAAGGCCCUGGCUGCUGUGCAGCACCAGCUGCGAGAGAGGGAUGAGUCCAUUAAAGACACUGCGCCACUCUCCCAUGUCAAUGAGUUGGAGCGCCAGCUGCAGGAGGGCAAGGAAGCCAAUGAAUUAUUGGAGCGCCAGCUGCAGGAGGGCAAGGAAGCCAAUGAAUUAUUGGAGCGCCAGCUGCGGGAGGGCAAGGAAGCCAAUGAAUUAUUGGAGCGCCAGCUGCAGGAGCGUGAGAAUGCCCUGGCUGCUGUGCAGCACCAGCUGCGGGAGAGCGAUGAGUCCACUACAGACACUGCACCGCUGUCCCAUGUAA